UGGAAUUAUUCAGAGCAACCCCCAAAAUACCCCUCUGCAUGUCACGCCGGAAACCCCACCGGAACUGAUCAUAUAUCUCUAAAGGUGACGAAAUCUUUUGAUUUUUUCGGUUAUAAGUUUCACACCCAUCCCGUGAUUUCAGGCCAGCACGCGAAGAAAAAUUGAAUCUUUCGACAUAUCCCGUGAUUUUCUGGGGUCGAUUUUGUAUUUAUUUUGAAGGUCUGGCGAAUCAGAGAGAUUCCGGCGGGUAUGCCAGUUUUCCGGCGGAGAGAAGCGGGAAAGAGGAAGAGGAGGAAGAAGGUUCUGGGACCGCUGGGUAUGCGGGAUCUUUUGAGGAAAUGAUUCGGCGGGAGAUGGAGCAGGAGACGGACUGUCUUUUAUCGGCGGCGCCGCCGCCGCCUCUGUUUUCCGGGUACGGGCAACCGGAAGAGAUGUCUGCGGUGGUGACCGCUCUCAAGCAGGUGGUGUCCAGACCGAUGCCGGGAGAUCAUCGGGGCUAUGGCCCGGAAGCCACCCGCUCCGCCGCAUCUUCCGGGGCGAGGUUUUCGGGAUUGUAUUCGAGCAACUCGCCGCCGUCCUCCAGCUCCGGCGCCGUCGGCCAGAAGAGGAGACGUGAACCCGAAGAAAGCGCGACCCAGCUUCUAGAACAUGCUCAGAUGGGAAAUUUUAGAUUGCCAGCGGAAAUUAAAACUGUGUUCUUCCCUGUCCCAGAAGAAACUUCUGCCAUUAUGAUACCGCGGCAUACGGCUUCCGGCGCCGCCGGGGCUGCGGCUGAAGCGGGAUUGAAUUCGGCCGCCGAUCAAGAAACAGGGGAAAGAAGACGAAGAUACAGGGGUGUGAGGCAGAGGCCAUGGGGAAAAUGGGCAGCGGAAAUAAGGGACCCAAACAAAGCGGCAAGAGUUUGGCUGGGGACGUUCGAGACGGCGGAGGCCGCCGCCAGAGCAUACGACGAAGCCGCCCUGAGGUUCAGAGGAAACAGGGCAAAGCUCAACUUCCCGGAAAACGCCCGGUUAUUGCCGCCACCGCCUCAGCAGCAGCUGGCCCCCACAAUUUCCACCGCCGCCCAAUCACCGGCCACCAAUCCUCCUUUUCCCCUCCGCGGUCAGCCGCAGCCGCACAUCCAAGGUAUCACCGGCGACUACUGGGCUUACUCGCAGCUGCUUCGGAACCCCUCCGGCGGCCACCUGCCGCCGAGAAUGCUAGAGCAAAUGUACUACGCUCCAUCCGCGACCACUUCAUCCUCAUCCUCGGCGUACUUCGCCGGCGGCCAACAAUCAGCUGAAUCAGGUUCUUUCCGGCCACCAUCGACGCAGAACCCGGCAACGAAUUCCAAUAGCUUCCCACCACCGCCAUUCUGGACAAGCUCUGCCCAGUAUCCCCCAUCAUCGUCUAGUUGAUUUUGGAAAAUUUCUAAAUAGGACUCUUACUUUUCCCUUUGAUACACAAAAUUACUCUUCAAUUUGUUUCUUUUUUUUUAAGGAAAGAAUUACAGGAAAGUGACGACUCCUAGGUCAUGUCUUGAAUCUUGAUGUUGAUUAGUGAUAACAUUAAAAAUUCCUAAUUAGU